AUGGACAAAGAACAAGAGGAGAUUCAGUUUCUUGGCUUCUUUGGCAUCUUCAAAGAGUCCUUCAACAUCAUCUCCUCACGUCGAAAAAUCUUCCCCCAAAUCAUUCUAUCCCUUAUCCUCCCUCUCUCCUUCAUUUUCUUAGCCCACAUUGAAAUAUCCAAUCUCCUUUUCGCCAAGAUCGCCCACACUGAAGAUGCCUUAUAUCACACUCAGGCCGGAACCCCUAAAUAUUCAAAGCUCUCGGAUCUCAUCUCAUCCGAAUGGACCUCAUUUUGGAUCUUCAAAAUCACCUACUUCGUCUUCUUCCUCGUCCUCUCCCUCCUCUCAACCUCUGCAACCGUUUACACCAUCGCAUGUGUCUACACUGCAAAGGAGAUAACCUUCAAGAAAGUCAUGAGUGUGGUUCCAAAGGUUUGGAAGAGACUCAUGAUCACAUUCAUAUGGAAUUUCAUCAUUGUUUUCAUAUACAACCUUGUUGCGUUACUAGUCUUAGUGAUCUUUUUACUCAUUGUUGGACAUAGUAACAUAAUAGCACUGCCAAUCCUAUUCGCUCUCAUCAUCUUAUAUUUGAUGGGUUUUGUCUACAUAAGUGUUGUUUGGCACUUGGCAAGCGUUGUUUCGGUGUUGGAAGAUGUUUAUGGGAUUCAAGCCAUGAUCAAGAGCAAGGGCUUGAUAAAGGGUAAGAUGAAAGUUUCCAUUGCUAUUUUUAUCCUACUUAACCUAUUCUUUAUUGGAAUUCAAGUGGUGUAUGAAAGGUUUGUUGUGGUUGAGGACUCAAUUUGGUAUAGAAUAGGUUUUGGGAGUGUUUGUUUGAAUUUAUUAGUUUUCUUGAUUCUAUUUGGCCUUGUCAUCCAAACGGUGAUCUACUUCGUCUGCAAGUCGUAUCACCAUGAGAGUAUCAAUAAAUUCUCAUUGGCGGAUCAUUUGGAGGCUUACCUCGGGGAUUAUGUUCCUCUCAAGUCCAAAGAUGUCCAACUUGAGCAAUUUGAUGUGUAA